CUUGCCGGGAAGGACCGGGACGGCAGCGGCAGCAGCGGCAGCUCCACUUCCCUCCAGUUCACUCUCGGCCCCUCGGCCCUCCCGCCCCCAGGGAGCGGGGCCCCGAGCGGGACGAGCCCGGGAUUGUCUCGUGGAUGUUGGCGCGGCUAGGCGGGAGUCCCGGAGACGGCCCGUGAGGCAGGGAGCGGCCCCGAGCCGGAGCCCAGGCCGAGCCCCUCACUUGCCGCGUCUGGGCGGCGCUAGGCCCCGGGGGUGGGGGGGUGGCCCCGAGCCCCGGAGGCGGGAGCAGGAUGAGCCAACCGCGGGUCGAGAAAAUGUCUGGCGCCCCAGAGACAGAACCGUGGAACUGGGCCUUCGCGAGCCGCCAGAGGCAGCUGGAGGCCAUGAUCCGGGACCCCCGCUCCCCAAUCUACGUGGAGAGUCUCUUGGAUGGUUUGAAUUCCUUGGUCCUUGAUCUGGAUUUUCCUGCUCUGAGGAAAAAUAAGAAUAUAGAUAAUUUCUUAAUUAGAUAUGAGAAAAUUGUGACAAAAAUUAGAUGCCUACAGAUGAAGGCAGAAGAUUUUGAUGUUGUUAAAGUGAUUGGAAGAGGUGCUUUUGGUGAAGUUCAGUUGGUUCGUCAUAAAGCAUCACAGAAUGUUUAUGCCAUGAAGCUUCUUAGUAAAUUUGAAAUGAUAAAAAGAUCAGAUUCUGCCUUUUUUUGGGAAGAACGAGAUAUCAUGGCCUUUGCCAAUAGUCCCUGGGUUGUUCAGCUCUUUUGUGCCUUUCAAGAUGAUAGAUAUCUUUAUAUGGUAAUGGAAUACAUGCCUGGUGGAGAUCUUGUAAACCUUAUGAGCAACUAUGAUGUACCUGAAAAAUGGGCCAAAUUUUACACAGCCGAAGUUGUUCUGGCUUUGGAUGCAAUACACUCCAUGGGCUUAAUACACAGAGAUGUGAAGCCAGACAACAUGCUUUUGGAUAAAAAUGGACAUUUGAAAUUAGCAGAUUUUGGCACUUGUAUGAAAAUGGAUGAAACAGGUAUGGUGCAUUGUGAUACAGCAGUUGGAACACCUGAUUACAUAUCACCUGAAGUUUUGAAGUCACAGGGUGGUGAUGGCUAUUAUGGACGAGAGUGUGAUUGGUGGUCUGUAGGUGUUUUCCUUUUUGAGAUGCUGGUUGGAGAUACUCCUUUUUAUGCAGAUUCACUUGUGGGAACAUACAGUAAAAUUAUGGAUCAUAAAAAUUCAUUAAAUUUCCCAGAAGAUGCAGAAAUAUCGAAGCAUGCAAAGAAUCUCAUAUGUGCCUUCUUAACUGACAGGGAGGUGCGACUUGGGAGAAAUGGGGUAGAAGAAAUCAAACAGCAUUCUUUCUUUAAAAGUGAUCAAUGGAAUUGGGAUAACAUAAGAGAGACCGCAGCUCCAGUAGUACCUGAACUCAGCAGUGACAUAGAUAGCAGCAAUUUUGAUGACAUUGAAGAUGAUAAAGGAGAUGUGGAAACCUUUCCAAUUCCUAAAGCCUUUGUGGGAAACCAGCUGCCUUUUAUAGGUUUUACCUACUAUAGAGAAAAUUUGUUGUUAAGUGAUUCUUCUUCAUCUUGUACAGAAAAUGAUUCAGUACAAUCAAGGAAAAAUGAGCAAUCUGUACAGAUUCAGAAAAAACUAUUCUUAUUAGAAGAACACCUCAACAAUGAGAUACAAGCCAAAGAGGACCUGGACCAGAAGUGCAAAUUGGUUAGCACUCGACUAGAGAAGAUAACAAAAGAACUAGAAGAAGAGGUUACCUCAAGAAAGAAUGUAGAAUCUACAUUAAGACAAUUAGAAAGAGAAAAAGCUCUUCUUCAACACAAAAAUACAGAAUACCAGCGGAAAGCAGAAUAUGAAGCAGACAAAAAACGGAAUCUGGAAAAUGAUGUUAACAGCUUGAAAGAUCAGCUUGAAGAUUUGAAGAAAAGAAAUCAAAACUCACAAAUAUCUAAUGAAAAAGUCAAUCAGCUUCAGAGACAACUGGAUGAAGCCAAUGCUUUGCUGCGAACUGAAUCUGAUACUGCAGCCAGGUUACGGAAAAACCAGACAGAAAGUUCAAAACAAAUUCAGCAGCUGGAAUGUAAUAAUAGGGAGCUACAAGACAAAAACUGCAUGUUAGAGAAUGCUAAACUGAAACUUGAAAAGGACUUCAUCAAUCUUCAGUCAGCUCUAGAAUCUGAAAGGAGAGAUAAAACGCAUGGAUCUGAAAUAAUUAAUGAUUUACAAGGUAGAAUAUCUGGUUUGGAAGAAGAUAUUAAAAAUGGUAAAAUUUCAUUAACAAAAAUGGAGUUAGAGAAGAGACAACUACAGGAGAGAUUUACAGAUUUAGAAAAGGAAAAAAGUAACAUGGAAAUAGAUAUGACAUACAAAUUGAAAGUUAUACAACAAAGCUUGGAACAGGAAGAAGCGGAACAUAAAACUACAAAAGCACGGUUAGCAGAUAAGAAUAAGAUUUAUGAAUCUAUUGAAGAGGCCAAAUCAGAAGCAAUGAAAGAAAUGGAGAAGAAACUCCUAGAGGAAAGAACUUUAAAACAAAAGGUGGAAAACCUUCUGUUGGAAGCUGAAAAAAGAUGUUCAAUGUUAGAUUGUGACCUCAAACAAUCACAACAGAAAGUCAAUGAACUCUUGAAACAGAAGGACAAACUAAAUGAGGAUGUCAGAAAUUUGACCUUAAAAAUAGAACAAGAAACACAAAAACGCUGCCUCACACAAAAUGACCUGAAGAUGCAAACACAACAAGUUAAUACAUUGAAAAUGUCUGAAAAACAAAUGAAACAAGAAAAUAAUCAUCUCAUGGAAAUCAAAAUGAGUCUGGAAAAGCAAAAUAUCGAGCUUCGCAAAGAAAGGCAAGAUGCAGAUGGGCAAAUGAAAGAGCUCCAGGAUCAGCUUGAAGCAGAACAAUAUUUCUCGACUCUCUAUAAAACACAAGUUCGAGAGCUUAAAGAAGAAUGUCAAGAGAAGACUAAACUUUGCAAAGAAAUGCAGCAGAAGAACCAGGAAUUACAGGAUGAAAGGGAUUCCUUGGCUGCACAACUUGAGAUCACUUUGACAAAAGCUGAUUCAGAGCAGCUUGCCCGUUCUAUUGCUGAAGAACAGUACUCUGAUUUGGAGAAAGAGAAGAUCAUGAAAGAGCUGGAAAUUAAAGAGAUGAUGGCUCGACACAAGCAAGAACUUGUAGAAAAAGAUGCUACGAUAGCGUCUCUUGAGGAGGCUAAUAGGACACUAACUAGUGAUGUGGCUAAUCUUGCAAAUGAGAAGGAAGAACUGAAUAAUAAAGUCAAAGAAGUCCAAGAACAAAUAUCAAGGUUGAAAGAUGAAGAAACAAAUAUAUCAGUUAUUAAAUCACAGUUUGAGAAACAGCUUUUAAAUGAGAGAACACUAAAAACUCAGGCUGUAAAUAAAUUGGCUGAGAUUAUGAAUCGAAAAGAACCUCCCAAGCGUGGUGCCGACACAGAUGUGAGGAGGAAAGAGAAAGAGAACAGAAAGCUACAUAUGGAACUUAAAUCAGAACGUGAAAAGUUAACUCAACAGAUGAUCAAAUAUCAAAAAGAACUGAAUGAAAUGCAAGCUCAAAUAGCUGAAGAAAGUCAAAUUCGAAUUGAACUGCAAAUGACUCUGGACAGUAAAGAUAGUGAUAUUGAACAGCUUCGAUCACAGCUCCAAGCCUUACAUAUUGGUUUGGAUAGUUCCAGUAUAGGCAGUGGACCAGGGGAAGCUGAGGCAGAUGAUGGGUUCCCAGGUACAGUCCAUAUCACUCAGUCACAUACUAUGGAAUCCAUGUCUUUCACCUAUCAACGUUCUUCUACCUCUCUCAAUAUUGCCACUAAGCCUUCCAGUUCUCACUUGCUUCUCGACUCUGAUUCUGACUCAGAGGAAGAAUCCUUAUCUUGUGCACCCAUUUCUUCGGAACUUGAUAGUGCAGAAUCAAGAUUAGAAGGAUGGCUUUCGUUGCCUGUACGAAACAACACUAAGAAGUUUGGAUGGGUUAAAAAGUAUGUGAUUGUAAGCAGUAAGAAGAUUCUUUUCUAUGACAGUGAACAAGAUAAAGAACAGUCUAAUCCUUACAUGGUGUUAGAUAUAGACAAGUUGUUCCAUGUCCGGCCAGUCACCCAGACAGAUGUUUAUAGAGCUGAUUCCAAAGAGAUUCCAAGGAUAUUUCAGAUUUUGUAUGCUAAUGAAGGUGAAAGCAAAAAAGAACAAGAAUUUCCUGUGGAACCUGUAGGAGAAAAGUCAAACUGCAUUUGCCACAAAGGACAUGAAUUUAUUCCCACCCUUUAUCAUUUCCCAACUAACUGUGAGGCCUGUAUGAAGCCACUUUGGCAUAUGUUUAAACCUCCACCUGCUCUUGAAUGUCGUCGCUGCCAUAUCAAAUGCCAUAAAGACCAUAUGGACAAAAAGGAGGAAAUCAUAGCACCUUGCAAAGUAUACUAUGACAUUUCAUCGGCAAAGAAUCUGCUGUUAUUAGCUAAUUCUACAGAAGACCAGCAGAAGUGGGUGAGUCGGUUGGUAAAAAAGAUACCUAAAAAGCCUCCAGCACCAGACCCUUUUGCACGGUCAUCUCCUAGAACUUCUAUGAAGGUACAGCCCAACCAAUCUAUAAGACGGCCAAGUCGACAGCUUCCUCCAAGCAAACCAAGAUUGCUUGAUUUGGCUUUUAAGGACUGGGAUUGGUCAUUUGAUGAUAUUGAUGAUGAUGGUGGUGAUGAUGAUGAUGAUGAUGAUGAUGACGAUGUUUUUGAUUUCUGAAGAAAUGAAUGGGCUAACUGCCUUCUGUGAAUGCAGUCACUAUCCAUGGUGAUCAUUUUCUUGCUGUUAUGAACAAGACUGAAAUGUGAUAGCCCAAAUUUAUUAAAUGAAAGAAAGAAGCUAUAUUUUCCUGAGAGAAUGCUAUAUAUAUGAUGUAUACACACACAUACAUGCAUAUAUAUAUAUAAUGACAUACAGACACAUGUAUAAUGUGUGUGUAUAUAUAUGUAUAUGUAUAUAUAAAUCAGUGGUUUACUUUUGGGAGGGUUGCAACAUAAAUCACUAAUCUCAGAGAGAUUUCCUCAGAUCUUUUACUGUGACUGAUUAAGCCAAGAAUCAGUGGUAACAGAAUAAAGAUACUGUAGGGAUCCCACUCCUCCAAAGUCUUGUUCUACAAAACUCUAUUGGACAACACUACACUUCACAAGAGGACUGGGAAGAGUUGAAAUAAAAGCAAUUAUCUUUCAGCUUCACUGGAGAGAUUUCACCAGCAUCUUAAGGUUACCAGAAGAACUGAGGAUUGGGAAAGAACCUACUGUAGUGGAACAGACUGCAUCCUUAAGAAGUGACCAUUAUACUGUGUGUGUGUGUGUGUGUGUGUAUAUAUGUAGUACUGUAAUACUGCAAGAGGAUUUUUAAGACUUUCCACUUUAUUUUUUAUACACAUCGAUCAGAUAUCAUUACUUAUUGCAGUUGCAACUAUGCACUUGUACAAAGCCAUAAUGUUAAAGUUGAUAUUACUCAUUCAUAUAUAUCCCCAAAAGCUGCAUGUCAAUGUGUUUGAGCAGUUAAUGUAAACUUUGAAAUUAAUCAUAUCAAUUUAAUAUCGCUUCAUGAUGGGCAACCCUACUUUGCCAUUUGAAUGCCUUAAUUUAAGUCCCUUACUUCCACCUCCCUUCCUGUACUGCUAAGUCUCAGCCCACUCUCUGUAUGUAAAAUGAUAAGGGGAAAAAAAGUUUGCCAGCUCUUAGAAUACAAAUUGCUUUGUGGAAAAAAAUAGAGCAUUAUUUUUACAAAUAACAGUUAUAGCAAUGUCAGCCUGUUUUGAAUGUAUAGUGAAUGGGAUUGGGGGGAGGGGGGGCAAGAAAAGCAUUGGUUACCAGAAACAACAAUUGAUAGUGUAAGAACUAACAUAACUUCAAUAUGUCCUGGUAAUUUUUCAUCCAGCCCUUUUUACAAACCUCAGUAUUAUUCAGUGACUUCAUAUUACCCUUAUUAAGUGCUAUGAAGCUUUAUUUUGCCUUGUUUGUAUCCUGGCUCAAUUUUAUUUUUAUUGGGGUGGGGAGUGUCAUUUGUGACUAUCUUUUACAUUUUCACAUACAAUAUAAGUAUUCAAGAGUUAUCACAAACUUUUUAAAAAAUGAAAAAAUACUGUAGAUGUAUCUGAAAAGUUUUAUAUACCAUUCUCAAGGACAUGGCUAUGUGUGUUAUUUCAGUUGUGUGCUAAUGAGAACUGAUCCUGGGAAGAAAGGGCCUAGAAGCACUAAAUUUAUUUUUUAAAAAAUCAAUCCUGUAUAAAAUAUAUAUUUUAUGAGGGUUCAUUCGUGUUGUAUUCAUCACCAUCCCAGAAAAUUGCAUGUUUUAUACAACUACAGUAUGCUACAAUGUUUAAAAUACUGAGUAAAGAAAUUAUGUAGCCUUUUAUUGGUCUCUAUGUAUGUGUGUGUGUAUAUAUAUAUAGUAUAUAUAUAUAGUAUAUAUAUAUAUGUGUAUGCAUACAGGGAGAGUGUAUAUAUGAUAGUGUGAUAAUUAAACUACAUUAUCUAACAUUUCAAUGAAGGAAAUAGACAUUUCAUUGUUCCUUUCUCUAGGGAAAAUAUAGAAAUGUUUGGAAAAUUAGGAACAGUUCUAAAACACUAUCAUGAAAGCUUAAGAGUGUGGCCUUUUAGCUCAUCAAUGUAUGAAAACUAAAUUCUCUUCUCUUCCUUUGCCCCCUUCCUCUCACCUUUAACAAAAUUGAUUUAUGGAAUCUGCACUCUUUCAUGUUGGCUGUGGAUCCUUAAAACUAGAAUGUGCAUGCCACUUCAUUUUCAAGUAUCGUUUGGUUUGUUGCAAUCUAGUUUUAAAGCACAGCAUGUUUUUAAAGUGUGAAAAAAAUAUAUAAAAUUUAUAUAGAGUAAAUAUUUCCAUUCAUUAGACUUGUUUAAAUGAGACUGAAUGCAUAAAUAUUUUAUAUAAAGAUUUUGUUACAUUGUGGGAAGUUCUAUCCUAUUAUUCUGAAUUGGAGAGUAUAUAUAAAUAUAUAUAUUUUUAAAUAAACUGUUUUAAGGUGAAAUAGUUUUAAGUUUACACAUGGUAAUUGAAAUAUUUCAAUAUAGAAAGCAAAAGUGGGUGUUAAGCAAAUUUUGGAAAAUGUAAAUAAUUGAGAAUAUGAAGAAUCAUGACAUCUCUUCUAUACAGGGGGGAAAUGUAAAGUUUCUGAAAAUUAGACAAUUCGCAAAGAAAAAAACUUCUCUCCCAUGGAGAUUUUCUAGAUUUCAUUUUAUUGACAACGUAGAGGUUUAUAAGGUUGGUUUCCCAAACAAUUGACAAAUUACUUUUUCCCUAAUUAUGAUUCCACCUUUGGGUAAGAAUUUACCAUUUCCCCCUUUAUAACCUUACAUCAUGCUUUUUGCAUGCAUAUACCUAUCCAAAUGUUCUCUUUCCAGCAGUAUGGCAUUCCCUUAGCAUAUAUACCUAGUUGUGUCCAUCUCCAUUUUCUUACUGUCCUGGGCAGUGCCCAGAUUAAGCACUAUGUGUAUUAAUCCCUUUUAAGCUAUUCAGACAAAAAAGAUUUUUAAAGAUUUUUAAAAUUUAAAAAUAUUUUAAAGUUCAAAGAUUGCCUGGUGUAUUUCUUUAGACAAGACUUCUAUUAUAGACACAAAUAGUUCCCAUGGACAUAGGAAUCAGGAAAGGCUAGGUAGGAAAGGAAUCAUAUCAAUAUAAUUUUUAUCUGUAGAUCAAAUCUAAAGUAUGCACCAAAUUAGCAUAUUCUUUUAUCCAUCAGAAAGUAAAGGAGGCUAGAAUCAACUGAUGAAUAAUAGGCACACCAACAAAUAAAAAAUAAAGGGGAGCCUAUAUAAAAGCUGAGCCAUAGUAGUCUUAAAUGUCCUGAGUAAUGCAACUUUUAUGACAAUAUCUAACUUAAAAAUCCUUAACAAGCAUAAAAUGUGUAGCCAAGGUACAUUUUAGGAAAAAAUGGUGCUGGUGAUUAUCAAGACUUCUGCUAUCCUUGUAGAGGAGAUAAGUAUAACCAAUUCAUUGAUUUUUUUUUAAAUUGAGAUUUACUUAAAUAGUGGGUUCUAUAAAGAUUUUGCAUGCCCAGGGUGCACUGGUCCAGGUACAUCUGAAUUUAUAAAUUAGUUUGGCUACCAGCAUUUGGCUCCUCGCUCUUGCCUUGGGAUUUUUGCAGUUUUUGGACCUCCCUAAAUCCCCACCUGUUUUGUGAAGAUACUGUAGAAUGUUUUGUAAAGCACUUUGAAGAAGCACUGAGAUGUUAUGCUAAGGGGUUUGGCCCUGUCCUUUUGCCCCUCAGCUAUGAAUUUUAUUGGGAAUUGUUUUGAAUGAAUUAUAAUCAUUACACAAAUAUUUGAUCUGAUACCUUUAUUUUUCCCCUUCUAAACACCAAACCAAAAAAAACAUAGCCCUCGAAUUUCACUUUUGAAAACUUUUGUCGCAUCUUUGUAGUAUUGUGAUUGUAUCCUAUGCCUGCUUUUGAAAAGAAAAUUAAAUAAAAGGAAUUGAUAAGUA